AUAAAAAUGGCCGCGCAUCGUGUGUUCAUUUCGCAUUAUUGUUGAUUCAAGAUUUUACCUCGUAAUAUCUACAAUUAAUUGUUAUUUUAGUCUAAUUGUAUAAAGAAGUUAUCGUAGUUUUUUAGCUGUGAUUUCAAAGGUGUGUAUUCAUACAAAAUGGAUUCAAAUAAGGAAGGUAAGCGUAAGAAGGAAAGAAACAGUGAUGAUGAAGACAGACGAAGGGAAAAGAAGUCUAGACGAGCUCGAUCGAGGUCUAGAUCGCCAGACGAAAGCCGCGACAGAGAUUCCAGACGGAAACGAAGACACUCCAAGUCGAGGUCACCCGGCGAACCUGCUAAACAUGAGAAACGAGCAAGCUCUCCGAAGGAGCCCGAGGUAAAAAAAGAAGCGCCACAGCGACGUGCUAAGGACACAGACAUGUUAAACACAAGAACAGGAGGUGCCUACAUCCCUCCAGCCCGCCUCAGAAUGAUGCAGGCCCAAAUUACAGACAAAUCUUCAGUAGCAUAUCAAAGAUUGGCUUGGGAAGCUUUAAAAAAGUCAAUACACGGCCACAUCAACAAAAUUAACGUUGGUAACAUUGGUAUUAUUAUCAAGGAACUGUUAAAAGAGAACAUAGUUCGUGGUAGAGGUUUGUUAUGUCGAUCAGUGAUACAGGCUCAAGCUGCUUCACCUACAUUUACUAAUGUCUAUGCUGCCCUGGUAGCCGCUGUCAACUCUCGUUUCCCAAACAUUGGUGAGCUCCUUCUAAAGAGGUUAAUGAUACAAUUCAAAAGAGGAUUUAAGCGCAAUGACAAACCUAUUUGCAUAUCAUCAGCUUCAUUUAUAGCUCACUUAGUCAAUCAGAGAGUUGCUCAUGAAAUUCUAGCUUUAGAACUGUUAACAUUACUGGUUGAAACUCCUACCGAUGAUUCGGUAGAAGUAGCUAUAGCAUUUUUGAAAGAAUGUGGACAGAAACUGACUGAGGUGUCCUCGAAGGGUGUGAAUGCUAUAUUUGAGAUGUUGAGGAAUAUUCUCCAUGAGGGACAGUUAGACAAAAGAGUGCAGUAUAUGAUUGAGGUAAUGUUCCAAGUGUGGAAGGAUGGGUUCAAGGAUCAUCCGGCAUUGAUUGAGGAGUUGGAGCUAGUACCUGAGGAGGAGCAAUUCACACAUCUCAUGAUGCUGGAUGAAGCUACUGAUGCACAGGAUAUUCUGAACGUCUUCAAAUUUGAUGACAAAUACGAGGAGAAUGAACAAAAAUACAAAACCCUCAGCAAAGAGAUCUUAGGGUCUGACGCUGAAUCCGGUGACGAGGAUGGCUCCGGAGAGAGUGGAAGCGACGAAACUGACGAUGAGGAAGAAGACGAGGCUCAAAAAGAAGUCACUAUUAUAGACAAUACGGAAACUAACCUCGUAGCUUUACGAAGAACAAUAUACCUGACUAUAAACUCCAGUUUAGACUUUGAGGAGUGUGCUCAUAAACUGAUGAAGAUGCAACUGAAACCAGGACAGGAAGUGGAACUCUGCCACAUGUUUUUAGACUGCUGCGCUGAGCAGCGAACAUAUGAGAAGUUUUACGGUCUACUAGCACAACGGUUUUGUAACAUUAACAGGAUAUACAUUGGCCCUUUUGAGGAGAUAUUUAAAGAUUCUUACGGAACUGCUCACCGGUUAGAUACGAACAGGCUUCGGAAUGUCAGCAAGUUCUUUGCUCAUCUAUUGUUUACGGAUUCAAUUAGCUGGGAGGUUUUGGAGUGCGUGAAGUUGAAUGAAGAAGAUACGACGAGUUCUAGUCGUAUUUAUAUCAAGAUUUUGUUCCAAGAGUUGGCCGAAUAUAUGGGCUUGAAGAAGCUGAAUGAUCGUUUGAAGGAUCCAACCCUGCAGGAUGCUUUCUCUGGCAUCUUCCCGAGAGACAAUCCAAAGAAUACAAGGUUCUCCAUCAAUUUCUUCACAUCUAUUGGUCUUGGAGGCCUGACAGAUGAGUUGAGAGAACAUUUGAAACAGAUGCCCAAGAAUGUACCAGCGCCGAUAUCGGAGAUAAAGCUAAACAGUGACUCCAGUUCAGAAUCUAGUUCUGACUCGUCCAGCUCCAGUAGUUCUGAUGAUUCCUCGUCUUCCAGUGACAGCUCUAGUGAAUCUGAGACAGAAAAAUCUAGCAAAAAGAAGAAAGAAAAGAAAUCUAAGAAAGAUAAAAACAAGGAAAAGGUACCGCAAACACCUGCUGAGGAACCUGAGAAACCUGUUGAGAGAUGGGGACAUGAUGGCUUCUAUGAUACUUAUGGUAAAGAUGCUAAGAGAAUGGAGAACAGACCAGAUGCACGUCAAGAUAGGGAAAACUUUGCAAGACCAAGGGAUGUUAGAAGAAAUGAUGAUAGAAUGGACCAGAGAAACGGGGAUGAUAGGCGCAGGAGAUAUGAUGGCAACGAACAGGACAAUGGGGAUUACAGACGACGUGACAAUGACAGGGGUCGACAAAAUGACGAUAGAGGCCGAACGGACGAUGACAGAGGACGGCAAAAUGACGACAGAUUCCGAAAAGGGGAUGAAAGAUCACGAGAUGAAGGCAGAAGUAGACGAGAUGAUGAGAGACUUCAAAGAGAUGACAGAGGUCGUAGAGAUGAUGACAGGCAACAGCGAGAUGAAGAAAGGAGUCGAAGGGAUGACGAAAGACCACGAGAAGAUGGUAGAGGUCGUAAGGAUGAGGAAAGAACCCGAAGAGGUGACGAAAGACAACAAUGGGAAGACCUAAGAGGCAGAAGAGAUGAUGACCGCUCACAAAGGGAUGAUGGCAGAGGGCGUAGAGAUGAUAACAGACAGCGGAAUGAUGAAAGGAGGGAAGGAAAUAGAGAACGUCGCGAUGACGAUAGAUCACAAAGAGAUGAGAAUAGAAGUCGGAGAGACGAUGAAAGAUCUCAAAACGACGAGAGAAGAGGACGUAGGGAUGAUGAUUCAAGAAAUGACAAAGCUCAGAAAGAUGAAUUGAGGAAUCGUAGGGAUGAUAAUGACAGUAAAAACCGCAGGGAUGAUGAUAGGGACGUGAGGGGUCGUAGAGAUGACGAUAGAGGACGUGGAGAUGACGAUAGAGUACGAAGAGAAGUUAACAAGGAACAAAGAAGUCGUAGAGAUGAGAGAGAUGCGGAAAGAGAACGUAGAGAUGAUGAUAGGGAACAGAGAAGUCGUAGAGAUGACAGAAACGGCAGGGACGAUGAUAGACGUAGAGAGAACGAGAGAAGCCGGAAAGACGUACGGACCAAUGAUGACAGAUCAGAUAGAAAUGACAAUAAAAACCGUGACGAUGACACAAAUGAUUCUAGAAGGAACAGAAAGGAUGCAGAAGACAGAAGGGACAAUGACGAACCUAGGAGUAGAAAGAGAGAUUUGGAAGAACGACAAGCUCGCGAAGAAACUAAUGGAAAUAGUCGCAAAAAAGAUAAGAAUGAUAGAAAUAGAGAAGCUCGUGAUGAAGAAGACACUAGAUCUAGAAGAAGAGAUAAUGACAGUGGAAAAGUAAAUGGCGACGAACAAAAUAAUGACAAAAGUAGCGAAAGAAGAGAUGAUUCAGAAGACCAUAAAUCUAAAAAGAAAGAUUCCAAAGAUACAAAAGAAAAGGAAAGUAAAAAGAAAGACAAAACUGCCAAAAAAGAUAAGAAAAAGAAAAGUAGGGAUAGUAGUAGUGAGGAUGAAAGUUCGAGCAAACGAAAGGAAAAGAAACGUUCUAAAGGUAGUAGUAAAAAACAGAAGAGUGAUACUGAGUCAUCAUCAUCGUCAUCAUCCUCUUCGUCAUCAUCGUCAUCAUCAUCUUCUGAUAGUGAGGAUGAAAAGGUACAUGGUAGAUAUUGGGAUAAUUUAGAUAUUAAGAGUAGAGACGAAGUAGAAAAGGAUAUUCGUGGCAGAAAAGAACGAACGUAACGUAGAAAUGCUAAUGACUUGAAAACAAAGAAAACUGAAAAAAUAUUCCUGUACUGAAUAUGAUAUCUAGUUUGUUAUAAAUCUUAAUAAAUAAUUUUAAUUGUGUA